CCACGCCUGCACCCACAUCCCUCUGGAGAUGCACAGCUGAGCCCACAAACUCACCGUGUACCAGCACCAGCUAUGUAGCUGCCCUUCUCCUCUCACACAGGGAUUACUGCUGCUCGUCGCUUAUCCUUUCCCCCCUUCUCUCUCCCUCCUGGCUUUUGCAUUUCUUCCACCGUGAUCCAUUAGGUAUUUACCGGCAGGAUAAUGUGACUUUUCACACCGGUUCUCUGUGUGCGCUGCCCUGCAGACCGGGCUGGAUAAAGCCUCUCCCCAGCCCCAGCUGGCUGGACAUCUCCCCCCACCUUCCCCUCCCCUUCACACUAGCCAAGCCAAGGAUUCCUCUCUCCCUCCCUCCCUCCUUCUUUUUCCACCCCUCCCGCCUUCAGUGCAAACCCAAGACGCAGGAUCCUGCCGAAGGAAAGCGCUCCUUGAAAUCAUCACCGCAGACCCCGCUACCAAAGUGCAGAGGAGGAGAGAGAAAAAGCCUCGGCAGCCAACCUCCUGCAGCUGAGGGCUGUGCAAGCAGGGCAAUGGCUCCAGGCUCUCAGAGAUUCUCUCUCACCUUUCUCCAGGGCGUGGGAUCUGUCUUCUUCAUACUUCAGAUCAUCUCUGUUAAGGCUGAUGGAAAAGUGUUUGCACUUGAGUCCAAGAACAACUCUCAGGGUCUGGAUUUAGCCGAAGCCGAGAAAGCUUGUGUUGACCUGAGUGCUCGCUUAGCAACUGCAGAAGAACUGAAAAGGGCUGUUCUGGACUGUUCUUUUGCUGGCUGCACCACAGGAUGGCUCGCCAGAGGCUCUGCUGGGACAAUUAUAUGCAGAAAGACGGGCAGCAAACAGCAGAGCGUGAAAGCCAUUGAUGUUAAAAUUGAAACCGAUCCCUUUGUGAAUGACCAAUAUGAUGCUUUUUGUGUAAAGGAUGAAGACAAACCCUGUGGGGACCCGCCAUCCUUCCCCCACACCAUCCUGCACGGCCACACUGGCUUUGAGAUGGGGGACGAGCUGCUGUACGUCUGUGCCCAGGGGUACGUGAUGGGCAACAAGGAGACGGCGUUCACGCUGCUCUGCGACAGCUGCGGGGAGUGGUACGGGCACGUCCAGGCCUGUGUCAAAGAUGAAACUGAGGCACACAUUGACUAUGAAGAUAACUUUCCCGAUGACAGAUCAAUACCUAUUGCUGAGAAUGACCAUGGCAAUGGCAAAGAGGGAAUUGAGCAGGAGCAAAUACAGCUUUCCUUCAGUAAAAGUUCAGAGGAAGGAAGAACUGGAAGUACCAAAGGGGUUACUCAGCACACAGACAUUUCUGAAAAAGGAAGCAGGGCACCAACUGAGUCCCCCGUGUCACUCCUAAGCCAAAAAAACUUGUUUUGGUUUCCAUCAGAAAGUUUCAGUGAGCCUGAAUCAGAGAAAGAGACAGAUGAUUCCACUAAAGCACAGUUUUCUGAAGGUGAUAACCACAUUGGAGGGAAGACAGCCUAUGGUGUACCUGGUGCCAAAAUAUUUUAUGACAGUGAGGAUUUCCCCAUUGGACCCAUUCUCACAACUAAUGAUACAAAGACAGCGAUGGAUGCAGUUGCCAUCACUGACGAGUCCUGGUUAGAUGGAUAUCCAGUAACACAAGAGGUGGUAGAGGAUGAUGAAGAGGGUGAUAAAGUUGAUGGUUCAAUGGGAACAGAAGAUGACAUCAUCCUCACAACUGAUCAACCAAAUCAUGUGGAAGUAAGAAAAUCAGGAAAUGGCAGCCCAGCUCUGGAAGAGAGCCUAACGCAGAUUGUGGCAGCAACAACAGGGGUGGACGAUGAGGGGGCUAAAGAGACACCAGCACCACUUACAUCAGUGAGUGGUCUGGAGAACUUUAGUGUGAGCAGGGGUUAUGAUGAUGCCAUGUGGGAACAUCCAGCUACAUCUCUGGAAACUGUGACUCAGGAGCCCACUACAACGAUGCUGUUUGACAUAACCAGCUCAAAAACAUCCAUGUCAGAAACCUCUGUGACCGUCAGCCCCUACACUCCAUACAUAGAACCAAGAGACACAACCACCUACACAGAACAAGUAGCAACCACUGCACCAGACAUCAUUGCUGACACAGUGUCCCAGGAUUUAGCAGAGCAAGAAAGUCUCACUCAGGGCCUUGGAGAAAAGCCCAUCCCCACUUCUGAGCCAUGUGAAGGAGAGGAUUGUCCCAAGUCCAGUAAAGGUGCUAUCAUAGCAAUAAUAGUGAUUCUUCUCUGCUUGUUACUGGUUGCAGCUGUUCUGGCAGUGUGGUUUUUCAAAAAACGGCAGCAGAAAAAUUCUGUCUAUAAACUAAAUGGAAGGUGUCAGCCCAGACAUCACUGUUACCACCACUACCACCACCAGCAUAUUGAAAUGCAGAAAGUCUAACCAGGGGCCUUUUGGCAGAGAUCAGAAGAAAAAACAUUGAUGCUAGAAGACACAUGACUCAUGGAUGCUAAAAUCCAGCAGUGCAGAAAGCAGAAGAAAAAAAGAAUGCUAGAAGAACAUAGAAGACAGAAGAGAUUUCAUCCUUUUGAAAUUGCAGUCUAGCAUACUUGACUUUUCAGAGCUAAAGAAUCUGUAAAUUUUUAUCACAAGGGUCUUUUGGAGACACCAGCAGGACACAGUGUGCUCAGUAGUACAUCUUCAAUUUGUUCCGCUUUUACAUUCUGCUCCUAUUAAUAAUAAAUUAAUUGAUUAA